GCCAACACCGGAUCCACUAAACCAUUCCAGUCGCAACUGCUGGGAAGAAGACUAGCUCUCGAUUACAGAAUGUUAUUUAAAAUAUUGGUAACUUUAGUGGUCUUGACAGCUUGCUCUGCUGCUCGUAUUAAACGACAAGAAGAUGGCGAAUUUUGGUGGUUAAAAGCCGCUGAAAGCGAUGCCGUGGUGGAACCAAUAGCAGAAGUCAAAAUCAACUCACACGACGAUGGCAAAUCAGCCAACAUCAAACAAGAGAGUGCAAUCGAUUCCAGCGUAGUGGCUCAGAUUUUAAGUAGCGGGCCAGAAACAGCCGGAAAAUUCUCCCCCCAUCCGGGCGUUUGCGUCUGUGUGCCUUACUAUCUUUGUAACGAGGGCCAAAUUAUUACCGACGGAGCAGGAAUUAUUGACAUCCGUAAAAAGCCACCCACGAAAAAUGUAACAACCGAAGCUAAAGCCAUCACAAAGAGAGACGUUCUUCCGGCACAAAACGAUCUGGUUGGAGGAAAUUGCCCCGGGUCGAUUGAAGUCUGCUGUAAAAUGCCUACACCUGAACGGAUACCGGAGAUUGUUCCAACUGUGCCAUUGGGACCCAAAUACAUUUCAACUUGCGGAAUGCGCAACGGCGACGGCCUCAAUGUCAGAAUCACGAAUUUCAAAGAUAACGAAUCACAGUACGGAGAAUUCCCUUGGAUGGUGGCUGUUUUACGGCCGACAGUUUCAGCAACAACAGGCAAACCAAACGAUGUCUAUCAGUGCGGUGGCUCAAUCAUCCACCCAUCUGUUGUUCUCACGGCAGCCCAUUGCGUCGUUGGAAAAGACCCAAAGAGCCUCAAAAUCCGUGUUGGUGAAUGGGAUACCCAAUCAGCAUACGAGUUCUUCCCACAUCAGGACCGUCUUGUCGUCGAUGCCAUAAUUCACGAGCAGUAUUUCCCCGCGGCGUUAUUCAACGACGUAGCUCUACUAUUCCUGGCAGAACCUGUUGAUUUGGGACCCGAAGCUGAUGUUGUCUGUCUACCUCGACCGGAUCAAGUUUUUGACGGAAGUCGGUGCUUUGCUACUGGAUGGGGAAAGGAUCAAUUUGGUCAAGCAGGGAAAUAUCAGCAUGUUCUGAAGAAGAUUGAACUUCCACUGGUUCCACACGCGACGUGUCAAAAUAGUUUGCGCAAAACUAGAUUGGGACAAGCUUUCCGACUUCACGAAAGUUUCGUUUGCGCAGGUGGAGAACCUGGCAGAGAUACGUGCAAAGGUGACGGAGGAUCACCAUUAGUUUGCCCGAUCCCCGGUGGACCCAAGCCGUCCCGUUAUAUGCAAGUCGGCAUUGUCGCAUGGGGUAUUGGUUGCGGAGAAAAUGGUGUUCCCGGCGUUUACGCAUCUAUUCCACAUGCAUCUUCCUGGAUUGAAGAUAAAAUUUCUAAACGCUUUAGCCUGGCACCAGAUUACUUUCUGAAACAGUUAACCCCCUCUGUAUAAUUUCUCUACUUCAAUUUGUCCCUACCUACCCUAGAGUUGCGAGGCUACUACUACAACUCAAACCUACCAGUCUUAAAUACACAUACGGCGUUUUGUUCAGUUAAAA